AUGAUGCCCCAAAGGUCUGCCGGCUCAGACGCGGACAGUAUCCGUACCGUCGUCGAGGGGAUGAACUGCCGCCGCCGUGCCAGUACCGACAGCGCUGACGACACUCGCACGGAUUUCGGGCUGAAGCGUGCACUCGACAAGGUCGCCGGUGGACCGAUGACUCUGAUUGGUGACCGUACCAUGAAAGACCAGAUCUACCUCGAGGACGCCAAUACUCGUCUCCAGGAUCUCACCACCGAAAUCGAGGGAAGGAAGGUGGAAUACGAGCGAGCUCUUUCAGUCUACGUCGAUGCUGACGCGAGAGCUAACCCCAGCAAGCACGCUGAGGUCAACCACGAUUUCUUCAGGGCAGACCUCAAGCUUUCGCGUGCGCGGAAGGAGUACAACAUCUACCUCGGCGAGCUGAAGGAUUUGCACGACAUGCCCAAGCAUUCCCGCGAUCACGUCUGGACUUAUCACUCCGCUCCACGCAACCUGGGUUUCAAGCAGCGCUACGAGCACUUUGAGUACCAUUCGGAAAAGCACAAUCCGGAUCCCCAGCUGGCGCAGAUUGCGCAGCUCACCAUUGAUGCCAAGAAGCAUGAGUCCAUUGCUAAUUGCCAGCUCGAGAAGCUGACGGCUGCUGAAGAGGAUGUGGAGAAGCUCAAAGUCCUGGCUAAAUGUCAUGAGGCCGAGUUGGCGAAGAGCGCCACCAUUCUCCAAGCAGAGGUUGACUUUCAUGCCGAUGGAGCGAAAUUCUACAUUGAUUGCAACUACGAUCUUCACGUGCAGAUCCUCGAUCUAGUGAAGCACAUCGAUUUUUUGAAUGCGGAGCUCCGCGCCGAGGAACAGGAGCACAAAGCGUUGCGUCGCUUUAUGAUUGGUUACCAUGCCAGCUCCAACGAAAACAUCGAACAGGACCUCGCGUCUGCCCACGAUGAGCAGUUCGCUACCGGCUACAGUACGUCUUGCCAGCUUCCUCGCAGAUCCCAGCAUUUUGACGAGAGUGUUCGUCACGAGGUGGCCUCGAAUAGUCCCCAGGCUGACGAUAAUCAUCUUGUAGCCAGCCUCACCAACCGAAAAGUCACUCUCAGCUACGGCGGCCCAACUGACGACAAAAAUGGCGGUAAAGGCCUCGCCACCGUCGACAAUCCAGCUAAGGCUGACCAGAGCCCAGGUCAAGGCUACAUCGUCCUCAACUACGGCGAUCCGCUCCCAGCUACGCGCUUCAACGUCGAGAGUCCCAUCGCAACCUCCGUCGCUCACGCUGCUGCUUACGGCCGUGGUGAGAACGAGCUGUGCAACGUCUUCUGCGCUCCUUCGUCUACUGCUGGCGAUACUGACGAUGGCGGUGUCUCGAUCUCUGACAACACCAACGACGACAAGGACAAGCGUGAGGGCAGCAUCACACCCACUCCCACCAACAAGCGUCAAAACGCCUCUGGCUUGCUUAGCAAGGUCGCCAGUGUUCUGGACCUUCGUCGCUCCAAGAGCGUGCGCAGCAUCCGUGGCGCCAAGAUGGCCGCCAAGAGGAUCUACAGUCAGAUCGAGCACAGGGACAUGGUCGACAAGCCGGCUGAAGAGGUCGUUGUCAAUGAAGCCAAGAGCGUUGAGGAGUGCAAGUGGCACGAACCAGGCACACGGCAAGGUUUGUCAGAAGGUUGGGCAGGUCGGCAAGGGUGUAAGUGGUGGGCGAUGAUGCUUGAGAUGCGGUGGACUGUUGACUAUUGA